CGUGGAAUAUUUCCUGCACUCGGACGACCUGUCGGACAUGCUGCAUUUCCAGGUAGACAAGAUGGAUUCGCUUUUGGUCAAGGCUCAUUCGAUGGCGGUGCGCGAAGCUAUCAAGUGAAAGGUCGCUUGCUUUGUGGUGUACAAGGAGCUCAGGGAGCAAGAGUGUCACUUUACGAAAUCGGAAAUGGUGGAUCUCCAAUUAUUUACGAAGACAAGUCUGUGGAUGGAUCUGGAAGUUUCCAUAUAAAAGCAGAGAUCCGUGAUCAAGGAUUUGGUGGUGGUAGCUCUGCAGGACCACUCAUACUGGCCAUCAAUCAUAACUGCGAGGGCGUACGACAAAUGAGUCUUCAAUUGCCACAAUCUUAUCUCCACCAAGGAUUCGGUGCAGUUAGAACAUUCGAUAUAGGAACUAUCAAUCUCGAAGCACGUUAUUCGGGUGAAAAAACCAAUGGAUUCGAUGGUUCAGAUGGAUUUAACACUGGCGGCACUCGUAGCAGAAUUGAGUCCUUGAGAAACGGAAACAUGGGUGGUGGUGGAUUUGCUCCACUUCCGCUUCAGGCCUAG